AUUUGCCAGAGAGUGUUGUGAUGGCACCGAAUGUGAGCUCCUUCAAGACCAGACUUGACCAACGCCGGAGCAGGUACAGACAAUCAGGAGGCAGUACAUGCCCCAUACGUGCCAACAGUGCAUAAUAGAGACGUGACCGACCGCCCAAGAGGCUAACGAGUCGAUCAGUGGCGAAGAUGAUAAAAAUAUCCUAAAGGUAACAGUAACGUUUCGAGAAAAAAAAUGAAAGCAGAAACUUGCCCUUUAAAUUUUACAAACUGUCAACUUUGCAUGACUAUCCCAUUAAGGUAUCGCUCGCCCAUGAGAACAAUGUGAACUGGUGUUCGUUUUGGGGUAUAUUUCGUAUAAUAAACAACAAAUACAGUAUGUCCAACUUUAGAUCACUAUCGGUUUAUUUACGGCAUUCAAUCAAGUUAAUUUAGCUUUUAAAAACAUUCACUUAACCACGAGAAAAACGUGGUUGAGUGGUGAAUUAUUUAGACACUGAACGAUAGCCAGUGAAGAGACCUGGAGGAAGGAGAGCGCGUGCCUGGAGCCAGCCAGUCAUCCUCCCUAACCCAACACAAGUCCUGGGAAUCAAUGGUGUACGUGGUAGUGGUGAUGUAUGUGUAUAAGGGAUAACCCGAGAAUUUAACAGGAUAUAAUGUGUUCGAGACAUCAAGGAGGCUGAGGGGAGACAGACAUAUGGACACGUCUACGAGGAUCAGUUACAAGUGACACAGGAAAAGCCACAAGGGGCGUGAGAACCAUGCCAGAAACCUUGCAUUAUUUGUUCUCGUCUCAACAGGAAGGCUUUCCCUUGACGCCUCGUGACCUGCCCUGAGAACUGGACAAUAUUCUACGACUAACUCCAUGUUCGAAAUCGAAGGCUAUACAGGCUGUACAAAAAAUACAUCCAGACAGCAUCGAGUACAGCUCAUGAGGAAACAAUAAGACUCUUGUGUUAGGGAUGAAAUAAUGAGGGCUGUUUACAGUUAUCGAGGACACCUUCUGAACACUGAGGAUAACUUAUGAUCAUUGAGGAUAUCCAAGUACAGCAGGUUGUGAAGAGGAUCCCACAGCCAUUAUGGGUCACAGUGGCAGUAAACAUAUCAGGCUACAACCAACUCAACCUGUGGUGCAGCGAGGUGUUCUCACAAAUAGUAAGGAAGAGAAGGAGGAAUUGAUAACUUGGCUUAAAACAUCAGAGUUCCCUCUAUUGAACAAAAGAGGACAGGAGGCAUUUUUCAGGUUUCUUCGAGGUAGCAGUUACUCAGAAGAUAAAGAUAUAGUAGAAGUAGAUUUAAAAGCUGAUGGAAUGGAUAAUAAUGAUGCAAGAAGGUACCAGUUUUGGCUGAAGUGUCAGGGACUUGAAAUUGGAAAUCUUUUUAAGGUAUAUGUAGAUGAUGAUGAAACAAGUUUACCUGAUGCAAAGGUAUGUCACACAAUGUAUAAAAGUAAAGGUGGUACUCAAAACAUGACACAGUUCGUGCAGGAAAAAGUAAGUGAUGGUGAGAAAGUAGAUGGAUUUAUAAAUGAUUUAAAAGACACAAUGAAGCCAGACUUAGACCAAGUAUUUCUAAAAUUUAAGGUUUUUCUUGAAAAUAAAUAUGGAAAGAACGGUGAACACAUAUAGUAGUUCCAGUUUAUUUAGGAACUUACAAAAUGUGUGUGCUGUCAAGAGUUCCUACAAUCACCUACCACACUUUUUAAUGAAAAAUAUUUCAGUGUGAACUCUGAAUAUUAACCAGCAAAUUAACAACAUUCAAGUCAUGUUAUGCCUUACAUACUAGACUAAUGCUGUACGUACUACCUUAUAGUACUGUAUGAGGAGGUAUGGAAAAUCAGAUUUUCUGUCCUGAGUGUCUUGAUUGUUGUUGUUUGGUUAGCACUCAUGUGUUAAGAAAGCUGUGAUUUUGAAUGAGUGAAAUGUUCAUAUUGGAAACUUUAUAUGAUUCUUUUGUUACCACCAUUAUUUGGCCUUAUACCACACUCCUUCACUCAUUCAUUGAUGUGCAGAAAAGAAGAUUGCGGAUCUACCGGUACUUUCCAUUUUUGUGAAGGAAACUUUUUUCUGUAUGACAUCUGUAAUUCUCUAUACUGUACUGUACAGGAUGGUUGACCACUUCUGAGAAGGUUACUUUAAUCUGAGACCUUUUCCUCCAAAACUGUCCACCUGAUGAAUAAAACAUCCCAUUGAUGAUCAUUCCAGAGCAUUACUUAUUAAUAGUGAUAUAACUGUUACUUCAUUACAUUCCCCGGUUUAACAGUAUAGUACCUGUAUUCAAUAAUGUACUUAAAUAUGUUAUAUGUACAGUCCUAUCAAAUACCUGUAUGUAUUUUCCUUAAGCCAGUAACAUAGACCAAUAUUUUAUUUUUAAUAAAUUGUUAUUAAGUUGA